UAAAAUGUGACAUACAAGUAAGAAUAAUAGAGACGUGCAUAAAACUAUAUAAAGCAAAUUGUUUUUGUGUAACAAUUCAUUCAAUAAUUUUUCCAAAAAAUAAAGUUAAAACAUAAAAUAGAUGUCGUUGUCAAGUAUAUUACCUUCACCGUCAAACCCCGUUUGGGAUAGGGAAGAUGAACGUCGCGUGGCUCAAAAGUCGAAAAUUAUCGGUGCACCUAUGGGUGCAUUGGUGUCAGCGAAAAUUGCUGCGCCACCUUAUGGUCAACGAAAAGAUUGGAUUCCCCGCACCGAGGCAGAUUUUGGAGAUGGAGGAGCAUUCCCUGAAAUUCAUGUGGCACAAUAUCCCUUGGGUAUGGGUAGUCCAUCCAAUCUAAAUAAAAAGUCAAACGCUUUGGCCGUGCGCUUAGAUGAAAAGGGAAAAAUCAAAUACGAUGCCAUUGCACGUCAAGGUCACGGUAAAGAUAAGAUCGUGUACUCUUCAAUAUCGCAGUUACUUCCAGCAGAGGUCCUUGCCGAAGACGCUGACGAAUUACAACGUCCUGAUGCUGAAACUGUUGCUGAUACAACAGAAGAAACGAGACGAGCUUUGGAAAAGCUGACAAAUGCCAAAAUCGCUGCAGCUAUGCCUGUACGUCAUGCGGAGAAAACAGCGCCAGCCCAAUAUAUACGCUAUACACCAUCACAACAAGGUGACGCAUUCAACUCUGGAGCGAAGCAAAGAGUUAUACGUAUGGUUGAAGCGCAGCAAGACCCAAUGGAGCCACCGAAGUUCCGCAUUAAUAAGAAAAUACCUCGUGGGCCACCGUCGCCUCCAGCACCAGUGUUGCAUUCCCCCUCGCGUAAGGUCACAGUCAAAGAACAGAAAGAGUGGAAAAUACCACCAUGCAUUUCAAAUUGGAAGAACGCAAAAGGAUACACUAUUCCCUUGGAUAAAAGAUUGGCAGCUGAUGGACGCGGCUUACAACAAGUGCACAUCAGUGAAAAAUUCGCCAAAAUGGCUGAAGCUUUGUACAUAGCUGACCGUAAAGCUCGCGAGGCGGUAGAGGCGCGCGCCACACUGGAAAAGAAAUUGGCGCAGAAAGAAAAGGAAAAGAAGGAGGACAUGCUCAGAAUGAUGGCACAACGUGCUCGAGAGGAGCGUGCUGGCCUUCGUCAGCCCGAAGACCAAGCGACUAUGAAUCCGGAAACACGCGAACGUAACGAAUUAAGAGCGGAACGUCAUCGUGAGCGUCAACGAGAUAGAAAUUUGGCACGUGCUGCACCAGAAAAGCGUUCAAAAUUACAACGUGAACGUGAGCGUGAUAUUUCCGAGCAGAUUGCUCUGGGCAUGCCCGCGAAAUCAGCUGGUAACGGCGAAACCAUGUUUGAUCAACGUCUGUUCAACACAACAAAGGGUAUGGACUCUGGUUAUGGAGAUGACGAGGCAUAUAAUGUAUAUGACAAACCUUGGCGCGAUUCAAAUUCAUUGGCCUCUCACCUGUAUCGUCCAAGCAAGCAACUCGAUAAUGAUGCGUAUGGAGCGGACUUAGAUCGCAUUGUCAAUACGCAACGUUUCGUGCCUGAUAAAGAAUUUUCGGGUACUUCGCGAGGAGCUGGUGGUGCCGCUCAACGUUCUGGACCGGUACAAUUUGAAAAAGAGGAGGAUCCGUUCGGUUUGGAUCAGUUCUUGAACAUGGCCAAAAAAGCACCAAAACGUUCCGAAGACAAGGGUGAUCGUGGUAACUCGGACAAAAAACGUAGAAAAGACUAAAAAGUUUAAUACUUUUUGAUUACGCAUCUUUAAUAGUUAAAUAAGUUUAACGUCAAAUAUUUCGGUUUAUUUGACAUUUGAGCAACACUAAAACGUGAUUUGUGACAUUUUGCAGUAACUUGACACAAAUUUGCAUACCUAUGGCAUUAGUCAUGUAAAUACUUUUAGAAAACUGAAUGAAAAACAAAGUUAUAUAAAUUUUUUAAUUUGUGCCGUUACUGCAUGAAUUCAAAUUCAACUAAAAUUCUAUGAACUGUAACUAAAGUAAAUAAUAAAUGAAAUUAAAAACAA